AAGUACGGCACAACAACACCGUGCAGCCGGGUGGUCUUGGUUCAGAACUACAUUAUUUGCCACCAAAAAAGACAACCAUCCUUUGGCAGACACCUCGAAACAAAUAAUAGCUUUGCUAUAACCAUUCCGAUUAUUCACAGGUUUACUGUCAUGAAACUUCACUGACAGUUCGACGGGUAGUGUAACCUUCCAAGAAGUUGUCAAGUACCAAAAUGGACCGUACCCUCUUGGUUUUGUAUGGGAGUCAGACUGGGACUGCCCAGGACACAGCUGAGCGAAUUGGAAGACAAGCUUUGAGGAGGCAGAUGAAAGUCCGCGUUGAGGCCCUUGACAGCUAUAAUGUGGCUGGCCUGAUAUCUGAACCCUUGGUGAUAUUUGUGUGCUCCACAACUGGUCAAGGUGAUCCCCCGGACAACAUGAGGAAUUUCUGGCGGUUUGUCUUCAGGAAGUCUUUGCCUGCUGGUUCGCUGUGUCGACUUGACUGUGCAGUGUUGGGACUUGGCGACUCCUCUUACCCCAAGUUCAACUUUGUUGCCAAGAAACUCUCAAAGCGUCUUCUGCAGCUUGGGGCGAAUGCUUUGUUGCCAGUAGCACUAGCCGAUGACCAGCAUGACCUGGGAUCAGAUGCAGUGAUUGACCCAUGGCUCAAAGCAUUCUGGGAAAAAGCUCUAUCACUGUAUCCCCUCCCGCCUGGCCAGAGCCUUAUGAAAGACGAGGAACCACUCCCACCACGCUUCACAUUCCAUUUCCUUGACGACAACACGGAUCAGUCAGGCACUCGGGUCCCAGCACAGGAGGCUUCUGUGCCACCGUCCUCUGCUCGCCCUUUUCUGGCCAGAGUGUUGUCCAAUCAGAGGGUCACAAGCUCCAACCAUUUCCAGGAUGUGCGGCACAUUGAAUUCGACAUCAGUGGCUCAAACAUCGAGUUUAGUGCAGGUGAUGUGGUCAUGAUGCGGCCCUGUAACGCCGCAGAGGACGUAGAGCAGUUCUGCCAGAUCAUGAGGCUGGACCCGGAGAGCCAGUUCACCUUACAGUCCACAGACGACACCACAGCGUUGCCCAGCCGUCUCCCUCAGCCGUGCUCGGUGCGGUAUCUGGUGGAGAGCUUCCUGGACAUCGCCGCCGUGCCCCGCCGCUCCUUCUUCGAGCUGCUGGCCACCUUCGCCACCAACGAGCUGGAGAGGGAGAAGCUGACCGAGUUCAGCUCAGCGCAGGGCCAGGACGAGCUGUACACCUACUGCAACCGGCCCCGGCGCACAGCACUGGAGGUGCUGGCGGAUUUUCCACAUACUACCGCAGAGCUGAAGGUGGACUACCUACUAGAUCUGUUCCCCGAGAUCCAGCCCCGCUCCUUCUCCAUAGCCUCAUCACUACUGGCUCAUCCCAAUAGGCUCCAGAUUCUGUUGGCAGUGGUGCGCUAUAAAACGAGGAUGCAUAAACCACGAAAGGGGCUGUGUUCCUCCUGGCUAGCCUCUCUAGACCCAUCACAAGGUGAUGUGUACGUGCCUUUGUGGGUGAAGAAGGGCAGUAUGAAGUUCCCCAGGGAUCCAGACAGUGCUGUGAUCAUGGUGGGACCAGGAACUGGAGUGGCCCCGUUCAGAUCAGCACUACAGGAGAGAAUCAGCCAGGGCAAGACUGCCAAUGUGCUGUUCUUCGGCUGCCGGUCCAAGUCUAAGGAUUUCUACUGCCAAACAGAAUGGGAGGAGAUGGUGAAGGCUGAACAACUCUCACUCUUCACAGCAUUCUCAAGGGACCAGGAAGAUAAGAUCUAUGUCCAGCACAGGAUAAAGGAGCAGGCAAAGCUCCUGUGGGACCUCAUCGCAAACAAAAAUGCCUUUUUCUACAUCGCAGGCAACGCCAAGGAGAUGCCUACUGCGGUGUGUGAUGCCUUGAAGGAGGCGUUUCAGACAGAGGGGGGUGUGUCGGCCUCGGAGGCAGAGGAGAUGCUGGACGCUAUGGAGAGAUCGGGUCACUUUCAGAGCGAAACAUGGUCUUAAAAGGGAUCCAUUUUAUUUAGUGUCUCUUUUCAAAACCCCAUUCAAAUGGGUAGAAUAUUUUGAAGACUGCCACACAUGCCAGUUAAACCAUGAGCGCAAGUCAAACUACUUCCUUUCUCCUUCCUUUCCAACCUUGUGGUGUGAAUCAGAAGUGGAGAGACACUGAGGCCAGAGGGAAGGACUGGGUGGACUAAGACAUGCACCUCUAUUGUCUCCUUUCAAAACCCCCUCCAUAAUAUAGAUGGGAUUCAGUUUGACACAUGAAAUCAAACUAUGACUACUUCCUUCUUACACUAUAACGAACCAUAAUCCAUCCUGCUACC